CAGUUCAGUGUAACGUAUUUCUGGAGACAGGAAGAAACCAGCGGGGGCGCUGGUUUUCACCUGAGGCCACAACUUUGGAGCUGUCAGAAGCGCACACCUGUCUGUGCUCAGAAGUACGGAAGAUGUCCGAACCAAGACGCAAAAACGAUGGUGCUUACUUCAGCCUUGACCCCAAGACUAUGAAUGAACUGAUGAAGAAGGAGGAGGAAGAAAGAAAUAGACAAGCAGAGGAGAGGAUGAUGAAGGUGAAGAAACAGAGGGAGACUCUCAGAUCAUCAGCAGGAGGUGUUCCCCACAUCUCAGACACGAGGAUUGUGCUGCUGGGAUCCAGAGUUACAGGGAAGAGUUCAUGUGGAAACACCAUCCUGGGCAGACAGGCGUUCCAGACUGCAGGAAGAACAGCUGAGUGUGUGAAGAGAGAAGGAGAAACAGCAGGCAGACACAUCACUGUAGUGGAGGCUCCAGGAUGGUGGGCAAACUACACUGUAGAGAAAACUCCUGAACGUGAUAAACGAGAGAUUGUCCUCAGUGGGUCUCUGUGUCCUCCAGGACCCCAUGCUCUACUCCUGGUCAUUAAUGUGAAUGAGUCAUUCACAGAGACAUACAGAAGAGCAGUGCAGGAACACCUGGAGCUCCUUGGUGAGAGAGUCUGGAGCCACACUAUAGUGCUGUUCACCAUAGGGGACUGGCUGGGAGACACAAGCAUUGAGCAGCACAUUGAGAGUGGAGGAGAGGCUCUGCAGUGGGUUGUAGAGAAAUGUGGGAACAGGUACCAUGUUUUAGACAACAAGAAGAGUGAUGGUGGCCAGGUGACAGAGCUGCUGGAGAAGAUAGAAGAGAUGGUGACGGUGAACAGUGGUCAUCACUUUGGCUUUGAUAACAACAUGCUGAUUACACUGACAGAGAAGAAGAAGGAAGAAAAGAGAGGAGCAGAGCAGAGGAAGAUGAAGGUGCAGAAACAGAGAGAGACUUUCAGAUCAUCACCAGGAGGUAUUCCCCACAUCUCAGACAUGAGGAUUGUGCUGCUGGGAAACAGAACUGCAGGGAAGAGUUCAUGUGGAAACACCAUCCUGGGCAGACAGGAGUUUCAGACUCCAGGAAGAACAGCUGAGUGUGUGAAGAGAGAAGGAGAAACAGCAGGCAGACACAUCACUGUAGUGGAGGCUCCAGGAUGGUGGGCAAACUACACUGUAGAGGAAACUCCUGAACGUGAUAAACAAGAGAUUGUCCUCAGUGUGUCUCUGUGUCCUCCAGGACCCCAUGCUCUACUCCUGGUCAUUAGUGUGAGUAAGUCAUUCAUAGAGAAAGACAGAAGAGCAGUGCAGGAACACCUGGAGCUCCUUGGUGAGAGAGUCUGGAGCCACACUAUAGUGCUGUUCACCAUAGGGGAGUGGCUUGGAGGCACAAGCAUAGAGCAGCACAUUGAGAGUGGAGGAGAGGCCCUGCAGUGGGUUGUAGAGAAAUGUGGGAACAGGUACCAUGUUUUAGACAAUAAGAAGAGUGAUGUUGGCCAGGUGACAGAGCUGCUGGAGAAUAUAGAAGAGAUGGUGACGGUGAACAGUGGUCAUCACUUUGGCUUCGAUAACAACAUGAUGAUUACACUGACGGAGAAGAAGAAGGAAGAAAAGAGAAGAGCAGAGCAGAGGCAGAUGAAGGUGCAGAAACAGAGAGAGACUCUCAGAUUAUCAGCAGGAGGUGUUCCACACAUCUCGGACAUGAGGAUUGUGCUGCUGGGAUACAGAACUGCAGGGAAGAGUUCAUGUGGAAACACCAUCCUGGGCAGACAGGAGUUCCAGACUGCAGGGAGAACAGCUGAGUGUGUGAAGAGAGAAAGAGAAACAGCAGGUAGACACAUCACUGUAGUGGAGGCGCCAGGAUGGUAUUCGAACUACACUGUAGAGAAAACUCCUGAACGUGAUAAACGAGAGAUUGCCCUCAGUGGGUCUCUGUGUCCUCCAGGACCCCAUGCUCUACUCUUGGUCAUUAGGGUGGAUACGUCAUUCCCAGAGACAUUCAGAAGAGGAGUGCAGGAACACCUGGAGCUCCUGGGUGAGGGAGUCUGGAGCCACACUGUAGUGCUGUUCACCUGUGGGGACUGCCUGGGAGACACAAGCAUUGAGCAGCACAUUGAGAGUGGAGGAGAGGCUCUGCAGUGGGUUGUAGAGAAAUGUGGGAACAUGUAUCAUGUUUUAGACAAGAGGAAGAGUGAUGGUGGCCAGGUGACAGAGCUGCUGGAGAAGAUAGAAGAGAUGGUGACGGUGAACAGUGGAGAGAACAGUAUUGGUGACCGUCCUAAUUUCUCUGGUGUCAUUCCUGAUGACUUGUCAAGAGAGGACUCUUCAUAUGAAUCUGCCAGAUCAGCAGUCAAGCCAGAGAUUACAAAGCCCUUUAAGCAGCUGAAAACUACAGCACAGAAUGUGGCAGGAUGUGAUGGGGAUUGGAGUAUGGAUAAUCGUCCCAACUUCUCUGGUGUCAUUCCUGAUGACUUGCUUAGAGAGGAUUCUGCAUAUAAAUCUGCCAGAUCAGCAGUCAAGCCAGAGAUUACAAAGCCCUUUAAGCAGCUGAAAACUACACAACAGAUGGUGGCAGGAAAUGAUGGAGAUAGGAGUGCUGAUAGUGGUCGUCCCAUGUUCAGUGAGGUCAAUCCUGAUGAUUUCUCCAGAGUUGAUUCUGCAUAUGGCUCUGCAUCCGAUGUGUUGAAGCCCCUUAAGCGGCGCAGGAUAGCUCCCUCCAGUCAGAGCUCUGGGGUUGGUGCUGCUGAGGCAGAGGAGAGCAGAGGAGAUGCUGAGGUAACCAUGGUGAUGGGUCCACCAAACACUAGAGAGGAUCGAGGAGGGGUCACAGGGGUCACAGCAAAACAACAGAGGUCAUCCUUAAAGACUGCAGGCUUCAAAGCGAAAGGUCCCUUUGUGGAUAUUUCCACAAUAACGUAUGAUGCCACUAAAUGCAUCGGGCGUGGCUCCUAUGGAGUAGUUUACAGAGGAUCAUACCAGGGAACUCCUGCUGCAGUGAAGGUCAUAGCAACAGGACCCAAUCCAACGUUGACAAAUGAAGUCAAUAUUCCCUGGCGUUUGUCCCAUCCCAACAUUGUGCGUAUGAUAGCUGUGUCCAAAAGUGAAAGCCAGAUCCUCAUUGCUAAUGAGUACAUCCACGGUGCCAACCUGCAACAGGUUCUUCACACAGACACCCAGAUUAAGUUGCAGCAAGAGGAUAAGCUGUUUGUGGCCUUAGAUCUGGCCAUGGCUGUUGAGUACAUACAUGGGAAACGCGUCAUCCAUCAGGACUUGAAGCCAGCAAAUAUAAUGGUUGCUGCAGAGAACAAGAAGGCCUACCUGACUGACUGGGGCUUGGCAAACCUGAUGGAAACGGUCUCCAUGUCAACAGGAGGCAGUCACAUGGGGGGUUUCUGUGGUGCAUUUGGAGGGACUCCACAAUACAUGGCCCCAGAGUGUCUCAUAGAGUGCAAUGACUGCAGCACCAGGUCUGACAUGUGGUCUCUUGGCAUCACUCUUCUGGAGAUGUUCACAGACUCCAAGCCGUGGACAUACAGCAAAAGGCAAGAGCUGCGUAAGCUUCUUUGUAAUAAAAAUGUUCCCCAGGCCAUGUCUAAACUACAGCCAGCGCUCCAUGACAUUGUGACACCACUGCUACAGUACAAUCCUGAGUCUCGUAUGAAUGCCAAAGAUCUGACAGCAUUGUUGAAGACAAGAGUUGAUCUCACCAAAAGAUAUGGCCAUGGAUGGUAGAGAGAUACUACAUAGACACCGUGCAGCUGGAUCAGAACAAUGUUAUGGGUACAUUCCGUUCUAUUUCAUGCAAUCUAGGCCUAGCAUUUUAAUAUAUUGCGUCAUGUGUUACUAAUUUCUAGUUCAUUAUUACUGAUGUGUUGCAGACCAGAUGCAGACCUGAUUUCUGCCACAGACAUUCCCCUUAAAAAUAUCAAGUUUUAGUUGAGAUAUCCAGUUUCCUUUGUGCGUUUGCCAAAGUACAUGACACUUUUUUGUAUAUUGACCUUCACCGUAUCACGAAAUGAUUAUGUAAAGCAGGGUUUCCCAAACUGGGGUGAGCGACCUGCUACAAGGGGGUGCGAGAGUUGAAUAGAGCAAUGGCUGAGAUAUGGGUUUUUAUACAAAAAUUAAGGAACAUUACGUAGUUUGUAAUUGUUUUUUGGUGAAUUGUAUGCUGGAAGGAUCCAGCUGAAGUGUCAUUUAUAACUCCUAGAC